GCUUACAUGGAUUCUGAUCGAGUUUCCUACGUGGAUUACGCUAGCGGCUGGAAUCAAAAAAUUAUGAAGUUCAUGGGGAUUUGGCCGGAUGAACGAGGAUUACCCAAUGCGUGCAAUUACAAAGUGUUAUUCACGAUUGGUAUUAUGUUUCUAUUCAUUACCCUACCACAAACAACGAAUCUCUAUUUCAUUUGGGGUGAUUUCGAAUUGAUCGUGGAGAAUUUAUCGGUGGGAAACAUGACUACCACUAUUGCUAUAUUGAAGACAGCUACCUUUUGGUCCAACAGAAGAACUAUGAAAGUACUUCUAUCGCACAUGGAAAGCGAUCGAAAAGAAGCUAUAGCCGAGGAAAACAUCAAGAAAAUGAUGAAUAUCGGUGUUAUCAGCAGGAAGAUAAUAGCUGGAAGUAUCAUAAUGUGUAACUUUGUUGCCUUAACUUUUGUGACAUUUAAAACCCUUUUGUUACCAUAUACCGGACGGGUUUUGUAUUAUCGUGCUUAUUUCCCAUACGACACUCGAAUCUUUCCGAAUUUCGAAAUAACACUGAUUGGCCAAAUUACAGCUGCAAUUUAUGUAGCGAACAGUUACACAGCUGUUGACACUUUCAUGGCAAUGCUGAUGUUACACGUGUGCGGACAAUUUUCGAAUCUCCGUAAAAAAUUGACAAAGUUGUGUUCGGAAAAUAACAGAAAUUUUCAAAUCGAUCUAAGAAGAAUUGUACGAAAGUAUGAUAUGCUUAACAGGUAUGCUGAAACGAUCGAGGACAGAUUCAACGGCAUGUUGCUGAUCCAAAUGCUUAGCUGUACAGUGCAACUGUGCGUUCAAUCCUAUCAAGCAAUUUCGGCCCUUGUGGAUGACGAUCAAGAUCUCUUGAUAAUCCGGCUAUUCUUUUUUGCUAUAUACACAACGUACGUCAUGCUUCAUAUCUAUCUAUAUUGUUACGUCGGCGAAAAACUUUUCUCUGAGGGAACGAAAAUGGCUUAUGCAGCGUACGAUUGCAACUGGUACGAUCUAUCACCAAAGGAAGCUAAAUGUCUUAUAAUAAUAAUGUGUCGAGCACAAUUAUCAUCGCGUAUUACUGCAGGAAAAUUUUGUUCCUUCAAUCAUGAGCUAUUCGGCAAGAUUUUAAAAACAUCGAUGGGUUACUUGUCCGUCCUAUAUGCGAUGAAAACCAAAGAUGUCGAUUAAAACGUUCGAAAAAGUAAAUUAUUUAAACUGAAGUUAAAUUAUUCUUUAAUA